AUGAGCUAUUCAGAAGAAGUAGAGAAGUUACUCAAAUCAGGAGCCAAAAAUUUAGGUGAAAAGAACUAUGAACAAGCUGUUGAAGAUUACCUGAAAGCUUGUGGUUUACACCAAGAAGAAACUGGAGAAAUCGAACCAGAUUUAUUCAUGAUGUACGGAAAAGCAUUAUAUGAAAGUGGAGUUAGUCAAUCUGAUGUUUUAGGAGGACAAGAGAUUACCAGUGAAAAGAUUGAGGAAGCCAAAGGUGAAGAUGAUGAUGAAGGAGAUGCUUUUCAAUUCAAUGAUUUAGCUGCCGAAGAAUUUGCUGAAGCUGGUGGUGAAGAAGAAGAGCAAUCAGAGGAAGAAGAAGGUCCUUCAGUUGAAGAGGAUGAAGAAGAAGAACAGGGUGAAGAGCAAGAAGAACAAGAAGAAGAGAAAACUGAUAUGGAAUUAGCUUGGGAAAUCUUGGAAAUUGCUAGAGGUCUUUAUGAAAAGAAACUUGAUGAUAAUAAAGCAGAAGAAUCCAAAUUAACUAUACCUUAUCUUACUUCAGACAAAGAUACCCCCACCAAUGAAUAUGUCAAGACUUUGAAGAGUUUAUCAGAAGUUUAUGAUUUAUUAGGAGAAGUUUCAUUAGAAUCUGAACAUUUCCCUCAAGCUGCUUCUGAUUUAGAGAGUAGUCUUGAAAUGAGAAAGAAAUUAUAUGACAACGAUUAUUCAGGGUUGAUUGGAGAAUCCCAUUUCAAAUUAUCAUUAGCAUUGGAAUUCUGUCUUGAAGAUGAUACUGCCAAAGAAAAAGCUGCCAAUCAUAUCAAAGCAGCUAUUAAAAUUUUAAAGAAUGACUCCCAAAAGAAUCCCGAUAAAAAAAAGGAGAAUGAUGAAAUCAUAGGAAGUUUACUGGAAAGAUUAGACGAGAUCGGCAGCAAUGCUGAAGAUGCUAUCAACAAACAAAAACAGGAUAUGUUACAAGAUAUUUUAGGAUCAUCUAAAGGUACGGAAUUAUUAGUUAAAUUAUCAUCAUCUCCAUUGAUUCCUACUCCAGGUCCAUCAAAAGUCAAUGACUUGACAUCAAUGGUAAAGAAACGUAAAUCAAAAUCCAAAGAUAACAACGUCAAACGUACCAAAAAAUAA